AUGAAGUCGUGUAAGAGAGUGAAGACAAGUGGUCGUAAGGAGCGAGAGAUGACGUGUGAAACGUGUGCAACACUCGAUCCCGAGGCCGAAGAGGCGGUUGUCUUAACCAAUCCAAUACUCACUAAUCUCUAUGAUUGCGGCACCGGUUGGACCGCCGAUGAACGACCUCAGCAUCGGAUCCACAACUUCGCUAUCCAUGACUCCGAUGGCACACAUUGUUGGCUCGACUCGAGACCAAUCGAUGAACUCUUUUUGUGUGGUUUUGUGGCACCAAUUGUCUCACAUUUGGACACCGAUUCAAAUGACAGAUUUGUCACUCAAAUGAUUGGUCCUCUGCAGGAGUGGUGGUUCGCCGGCUUCGACGGCGGCUCUCAACUCAUGAUCGGUUGUGAGAGUGAAUUCGCUUCGUAUGUCUUGAGUGAACCCAAUCCUCGAUUCAAAUCAUUGUUCACCAGAAGUACGCAAAACAUGUAUUUAACGAAACUAGUGAUCGAGUCUUUGCUUAAAACUCCUGAUUCUAGUUAUGAAGACUUAGUCGAAAGUCUUGAGGAAAGAUCUCAACACUUUUCAGAGGAAUUAUUAUUACAAUUCGCGCCAUUCAUUAGCGAACAAAUUAAGAGCUUUGACUCCGCGGCCGAAGACGACGAGAUGACACUCUUUGAAACGCCAGCCAUUCAGACAUUAGUGCAGAUGUCGGGAGUGGACAAUGAAGACAAAUCAUUGUCCAAAAGCAUAUCCCAUAUCCGACCCAUCGCUAGAGUUGACGCCAGAAGAGCCGCAAACAGCGAUACUCUGACCUUUAGUACACCUCUUGUGACUGAUUUGUUUAAUAAGAUAUUCAAAGAUGUGAUUGAAUGCAAUUCAAAGACAAACUCAUUGAAUAAAUUGCAAACCGUUUCUAAUGUGAGAAUUCCUAAAACGAGGGCCAAUAUGUCUUCACAUCCAAAAGUGGUUUGGAUUGGAGACGCGGUUCAUGAGGACAGCUAUACCUCAACCCUAUACUACACCACUGUUAGAGUGGAUCAGCAAAAGUAUUCUUUAGGAGAUGUCGUUGUCUUCGAGGAAAACGAAAAUGUCAAUCACUUUUUGGAUCUACUCUUGAAAGGUGUUAAAUGUGAUCAAAGCGGACAAGUAUUCCCUCAAAAGGGAGACAUUGAUAUGAUAUUAGGGGGCCCUCCCUGUCAGGGCUUCUCCGGUAUGAACAGUUUUGUUGAUUACUAUCGACCAAAAUAUCUAUUGUUUGAAAACGUUCGCAAUUUUGCGCUCUUUAAGAACUCAAUGAUUUUGAAGUUAAUGAUGUCAUGUCUGGUCGGAAUGGGCUAUCAGUGCCAGUUUGCGAUACUUCAGUCCGGUUUAUAUGGUUUGCCACAAACCAGAAGACGUACUAUAAUAAUAGGCUCUUCUUCUGGCAAUCCAUUGCCUAAAUAUCCGGAACCAACUCAUGUGUUCUCCAGAAGACAAUGUCAACUCUCUAUCACUGUUGACAAUAAGAAAUACAUGGCUUUAAAUAAUACACAUUUGGCUCAAUUCAGAGCAUUGACUGUCGCCGACGCGAUCUCUGAUUUGCCACAUUUGACUGAAGAUUACGCCAUCCAUAGAGUUGUUCCAUACGAUGCCUCCCAUAGGAUAUCACAUUAUCAGAUGAUUUUGAAACAAAAUGUCGAUGAAAAUUGUCUUAACGAUCAUUUCUGUAGAGAAAUGAGUGAAUUAACUCAACUUAGAAUAAGACAUAUUCCUCACCGGUUAGGCAGUGAUUGGAGAGAUCUGCCAAACAUAUGCUGUACACUAUCUGACGGAACAAUUGUCGAGAAACUCAAAUAUACUCACAAAGACUUGAAGAACGGAAACUCAAGUUUAGGUGAAUUACGGGGUGUCUGUCAAUGCGCUCAAGGAUUGGACUGUAAUUCCAAAGAAGUAGAUAUGAAGCAAAAGAAUACUUUAAUUCCGUGGUGUUUAGUCCAUACGGCUAACAGACAGUAUCAAUGGUCAGGUCUUUACGGUCGGCUCGCACUUAAUGGUUAUUUCCCAACCACUGUAACCAAUCCACAGCCCAUUUCAAAACAGGGACGAGUUCUUCAUCCCAACCAGAAUAGGAUUAUUUCUGUCAGAGAGUCGGCCCGUUCUCAAGGAUUUCCCGAUCAUUUUAUUUUGUGCGGAUCUGUUAUUGACAAAUACAGGCAAAUUGGUAACGCUGUUCCCAUCCCUUUGUCUAUAGCUUUAGCCAAACAAUUUUAUUUAAUAAUGCAACACAAUUCUUUAGUUAACUAUGGAAACAAUGAUAUAAACCAAAGCAAUCGCGUCUCCAAUUCAGAUAAACAGGUCUUAGAGGAGUCAUUGAGCGCUCAAAUUGUUUGUUUGCAAUUAGAUUCUGUCAUCAAUAGUAAUGAUUUGAAUCAAUCCGACAGUGAAUCGCAUAAUUCAUUCCUCAAUCCCAGAGAUUUAUUGCGGUCGACGUCUCAGACUUCAGAUUUUGUCACUUUCGAUACCGAACCGGAAGUUGUUUUUCGUAGACCUGAACUCAAUGUCACACAAAACUGCAAAACCAAACCCAUUCCCAAACAAAGGACUUCAAUUGCAAUUAAAAAUGAUUGCGAAGACAUUGGAAGUGUAGACAAAGAAUUGGAAACCUUUUAUGACCAAAAAUCUUCUAAUGAAGCGAAAAAAGCUGAUAAUUUGGAUUCACAGAAAGUGGACGCUAAGAGAUCGUCGUCUAUAAGCCAAGACAGCGGUAUUUCUGAUGUUUUCCAUAACAACUCAUCAUUUUUACAUCAUUCACCCAAAGGCCGCACCAAUGCUAACGAUAGACAUAAACCUAAACCAAUUAAUGUAUCGAAAGAUAUAAAAGGAAAUGAGACAAAAAAUGAAGAACUCGAUGAACACAUAUACGAAGAAUUGGGUAAUUUUAAGACAGCGUUUUCUAACGAGUGGAUUGACAUUGAAAACGAUGAAAAAGAGGCUGUAAUUGUGCCCAAAAGGCAACAUUUGCGACCGCCGAGCAUUCAUGUCCGCAAAUCUAUUAAACCAAAGCCUAACAAACGGAAAAGUCAUAGAAGAAUGUCAUUACCAAAGUUAGUGAUGAGUGACGGAAGCGCUUCCGCCACUGAAUAUGAAGAUAUCGACGACGAGGAAGAAAAUCACGACACGAUUCUGAAGUCAGCAUUAAAUCCAGAAUUGAAAUGUCAACCAAAUUGUUUGCCAUCACUUGAACAGCGCUUAAGUCAUCACAUCUACGAAGCGAUGACCGACUGUGAAGACAUUCGUCAACAGAAAGAGCAAAAGCCUUUUGAUAUCAAAAGCAAAUUAGUCCGCGAGUUGUCCAAUAGAUUCAUUGAUAAACACAAUACGGAUAAAGGACUUGAGAUAUACAAUGAUAAUAGUAUUGAAUGUGAGCCAAACAUUUACACUUCUAGUCUUCUGUCAGAUUUGGAGAAACGUUUUGAACAAAACAUACUUUUAUACGAUGUUUGCGAUAUAUUAAGCGAUUAUGCCGUCAAUCACUUCCAGCCAUACAUUCGUUACUGCGCUUAUCAGAGGGAUCAGGAAAAACUGUUGACACGUCUGACACAAUCAAGACCUCAAUUCCUUGAUGUACUCCAACGCCUUGAAACUAAUCAAAUCUGUCAAAACCAAACAUUACUUUCAUUCCUUAUGCUUCCGAUGCAGCGCAUCACUCGUUAUCCACUACUCAUUGACGCCGUUUGUCAACAAUUGCCAGAAAACAGUCCAAUUCUGGAGUCAUCGCAGAAAGCGCUGGGAAUUGUUAAUCAAUUGGUCAGAAGUUGUAACGAAGAAACCAAAAAAGUUCAAAGAAUGCAAGAAUUAAUAGAAAUAGAAAAACUCUUACAAUUUAAGAGCAAAAUUAAAAGCUAUCCAAUUGUUUCGGGCGCUCGAUAUUUAGUAAAAAGUGGAGCCGUUAUUAAAUUGUCAGCUCCAAUAUCAGGCAAGAGGACAAUCGGCAAAUCAACUCCUAAAUGGACAAAAUCUUCGAUAUAUUUAUUUCUUUUCAGUGAUCUAUUAAUUCUCGCGAAGAAAAAAAGCGAAAGCAAUUAUGCCGUUUUUGAUUACUGCUCUCGAAAUACAGUACAACUUAUAUCGUUGAGUCCAAGCGGAGAAGGCAUGGGUCCGAUCGGAGCCGUUAGAAUAUCCAUUCCUAAUAAUUAUCAAAACUUAGCGCAACUUAUUUUGUUACACAAUCACGAGGCAAAGACAGCCGAAUACACCAUUCAUUUCAACCUGGAAAGUGAGAAACUUCGUUGGAUUGAAGCGGUCUCUCAGCCGUCAUCCGAAAACCCGAAUGAAAUCAUUUACGAGGAGUGGGACUGCCCUCAAGUUCAAUGCAUUCGUAGUUAUUGUGCACAACAAACCGAUGAAAUCAGUUUAGAAGAAACCGACGUUUUGAAUGUUUGCAGGAAAAUAAAAGAUGGUUCGAUACAAACCUUAUUGUAUUUGAAUGCAACAAAUGAUUAUAAUUUAUUCGAUUAUACGAUUAUAGGUUGGUUUGAGGGACAAAGGAUAAGAGAUGGUGUGAAGGGAUGGUUCCCUUCAGAUGUCACCGAAGAGAUUGUUAACCAACACGUGAGGGCUCGCAAUAUGAGAUUACGGCACAGA